CGGAAAGAGCGCUACGACAGGGCGGCAGCGCUCGCCCACUCACGCACGCACGCUCGCCUGUCCUGUUCAUCCGCUCGGAUGAUCACGCGCGCGCACAGCAUUUUGUUUUUCGGUCAUGCGGUAUUGGUCCCGUGUCAGCAUGGUGCUUAGUGAAAUCCUGUGAGGGAAGGAAAGGAAAACCAGGCCAGCACUGGCUGUGAAGGAUUCACAGUACGACGUCCGAAAGGAUACUCGGGAUAUAACGGCUGUGACCUGUCAUUAAACGACUGUUAUUGUAUUUGACAGAACGAUGCAAUCAGAAAAAAUAACGGAAGUGUCCUCCCGGCGAAAGCUAACAUACAAGUGAAAGAGACAAUCAGACAUCAUCAUUUUUUAUCAUUUUACCACUAACUUCUUUGAAAAGUCCAUCGCAGUUUUCACAGAACUUUCCGAGAUGAGGUCAAAGCUGUGGUGGUGGCUGUGGGCGGUCGCUUUGGUGGGCGUGGCAAGACCCGCUCAUGCAUUCACACUCGAGGGCUACUUCAAGGUUCUUGCUCUGGCUGCCAAGAAGAGGGAUGUCUGGAGGAAGAUUUUCUUAGGGAAAGACCUGGGCUUCGACGUCUCGCCCUGGCUCUUCAAGGACAGGGUGAAGCCACCAUACGUGCCCGUGCUCACCAGUUUCCCUCGGUCGCCCUUCUUCGGGCACUACACCGGUGAGAGGAAUCCUGCCCCCCAUUCCCCUUCCAGCUCUUCCUACACUUUCUACGACGGGCAAAUAUCGAUGCCAAAUGCCAGGAGGUACUACACGUAUCCUACAGCAAGAAGAGGCUGGGGAGGAGGAGGAGGAGGAGGAGGAGAUGGUGGUGGUUGGUGGCAAGGCAUGGCGGCGUUCCAAGGUCUUCAGAGGAAUGACGUCAUUGGCCAACAUUACCUCAAAGGCUCGGCAGAAGGAAAUCCUACGCAAAUCCGAUAUCACAGGGCCACCACAGAGGACAUAUUGGAGGGAGAGCAGCACCUUCGACGGAGAAGGUCGCCUUCUCGAGCAGAGGUGAAGGAAUCUCCAGAUACUCGUAGCAGAUUUCAGGAUUUCACAAGUGGUCACAGAUACACAAGAAAUGUUCUUUUCACUGUAAUUUUCCUCUACAGGAUUACCCUUUACCCAUGUCCAGUCCAUUCCAAUAACAUUGAGUUACAGUCUUAUCAAGAUAGAGGGCAGACUUCACAAAAUCUAAGAGCCAAGGUCAAAGUAAUGCACCAAGCAACUCUAGUCAGGGUUAAAGUAACCCUUUAUAUUGAAGCUACCAUUGACCUACAAAUGACACUUGGUAUGUUCCAUCCACAAAGUGGAAAUCUUAAAUACACAAGCUCCAUUCCCUUUCUCUGA